ACCUGGCACACACAGUCCAGACCACUGUCCCCCAGUUCAAAAGUGUGGCCAACUGUGUCAUCACCACCUGCCUUGCCAACCCAAGCAUGACAGCCCGGGACAGGGCCAUGGUGGUGGAGCACUGGAUCAAGGUGGCAAAGGCCUGUCAAAUCCUGCAGAACUACUACUCCCUGAAUGCCAUUGUCUGGGCUCUGCAGACUGUCUCAAUAUACCACCUCAAGAAGACAUGGGAGAAAGUUUCCAGGUGAGACAGUCUCUCUGCAUGGACAGACCAGGAUGGAUGAAGGAUCUCCCAGAGGCCUGUCCUCUUCCCCCUCAGCCAGCUUGGACCUCCUGGGAAGAAGCAAUCCCUGACUACAGGACCUGGGCUGGCAGGCGGGUCUCUCAGCCUCCCUGGAGAAUAGGCCACAUGUCUCCUGCUUUAGAAACAGUUUUCCUAAAUGUUCCCCACAAGGCUGAGCAACCAUCUCAUAAAUCUGCCACCCUGGUGAUGGACCUCCAGAGAGCCCAGAAGAAGAGGCUGCAGAAGAAGGUGGCUGCCAAGAAUUACACCCUAGAGCCUGAGGAUCCUUUUGGGGUCUGGUUCCAGGCUAUGGAGCCACUCAGCGAGGCUGCGAGCUACACCCUGACCUGCCAGCUGGAACCCCAGUCCUAGCUGGUCAGCAGCACUCAAGAAGGAGAAGAACUGGCCACAGUCAACCUCAGGGCUGAGCAAGUGUCCAGUGGCCCU